AUUUUAUAUAAUUAUAGAAACUAAUGAGCGAUUUAGGUGUUAAAAUCGUUAAAGUCCUUAAUGCAGGAUCUGCGUAAUAGUUAUAGCUUAAAUUAUGAGUAUUGUAUUAGCUUUUGCAGGAUUUUGGAUAGCCAUAAGUCAACUCAUAAAUGGUCACUUUACUAUUGCUUCAUUUUUUGGGCCAUUCUUCUUUGUGUAAAAUUUAAUUUCUCAAAGAUUUAGAUUUUUUGGAUUCUUAUUGGUAGCAAACGAAAUAAAAUUCGGACAUGUUUUAAAUGAAUAUGGAUUUUUGAAGACGUUUCUAGGAAGAGGAUUAUUUUAUAUUUUGUAAGCUAUUCCAUAGGAUUAUAAUUUUAGUUUGUCUGGAGUUGUGUGUUAUGGAUAUUAUUCAAUAGCAGAUAAUUACGUGUAAUUAAUGGAUCCAAUUAAAUUAGGGCAGGCAAUAUCUAUGGAACGGUGUUUUUCAUCUUGGGAGUAUUUUAUUUGCUGAUGAAUUUUUAUGUAAUAUUUUUAGAGAUAUCUUUAAUAGCCAAAGGGAUCGUUGGGCAACCUUUCAAGAGUAUUAUAUAUAUUCACUUAAUUAGUCGUUACAGAUUCAAUGAAUAAUCAUUAGACAUAUUUAAAUUAUAAGAAUAUUAAUAUAGUAUAAAUAAUUUAUGCAAUUCCUUAAAAAUGAU